AUGCUCUCCAUCAGAUCCAUUGCGCGCUCUGCGCCCAGAACCCUUACUCGCCUUUCCCUCAGACAGACCGCGGCGCGCCCCAGUGCCUUCAUCAAGGCCUCCUCUUGGAGCGCCGCCGUCCAGACCCAGCGCGCAUCUGCCUUCUCCAGCUCCGCUUUCAGGAAAGCGGCCGAUGCUGAGACCGACGCGGAGCUCGUCGCCAAGCUCGAGAGCGAGCUGCAGUUCGAGGACGAGGUCAAGCAGAACGAGCAGCUCCCUGCGAGCGUCAAGGAUUUCAUCGACAACAGCCCUUUUGAAAUCCACGACAUCCCCGGCAAGGAGGAGGUCAAGCUUACGCGCAACUUUGGCGAGGAGAAGAUCACCGUCACUUUCUCCAUUGCCGACUUGGCCAACUACGACCCCGAGAUGUACGAGAACGACCGCGCUCUCGAGGACGAAGAGUUCGACUCCGAUGUCCAGAACCCCAACAAGCAAUCCGGCGUCCAGGCCUCUGGCGGUGCCCGCUCCGCCAAUGCUGAGGAGCAGCUUGAGGAGGAAGAGGGCGACCUCGACGAGGCCGCUCCCCCUUGCCGUAUGAGCAUCGUCGUCGAGAAGCCUGGAAAGACCCCUGGCGCGCUCAACAUCGACGCCACUGCCCAGGACGGCGCCAUCGUCGUUGACAACAUGUUCUACUACGAGGACGGCAAGCUUGCCCACGCUGCCAACGCCGAGCUCGCCCACGCCCGCGGUGACAUCUACCCUGGCCCCCCCUUCGGCAGCCUCGACGAGGACCUGCAGAUCCUGAUGGAGCGCUACCUCGAGGAGCGCGGCAUCACCCAGGCCCUGGCCGUCUUCGCGCCCGACUACAUUGACGUCAAGGAGCAGCGCGAGUACGUCCGGUGGUUGAACAACGUCAAGGGUUUCGUCAGCGCCUAA